AAACACCUUGAACUGCUAACAAUGGAAUUGAGUAUUUUAAUGGUCUCUUUAUUUGUUUUCAUUUCUUAUGAUUGUUUCAUUGUACAUGCAAUUUAAAGGAAGAUAAAUUCUGCAACAGUUAAUAUGGCCAAGGAAGUGAAGCACAAAAGGAGGUUGGAUAAGGAAGUGAAGCACAAAAAGAUGUUGGAUAAGGAAGUCAAAAGGAGGUUAUGUGAUUAUAUUGUGUUUCCCAGGACGUCCUUAUUUAUCUUAGGCCUGUAUUUCAGCCGUGGCUUAGUAGAUUAUGCAGUGACUGCUGUGUUUAUUUGGUAUAUCACAAGUCAAUGGGGGAGCCAAAAUCUUCCAAAAGCCGUAUCAACUGUAAAUUUGCAUGAUAAGGGACAUUUUGGUCAUCGCAUAGUAUACAUAACUCAUAAGAAACCCUAUCACUAUACGCCCUUAGCCCCUUAGUCAUUAGAUUCACUAUGCAGAUUGCAGCGGCGGAUUUUUCUUUUCUUCUCUUCAGUCUCUCUCUCCUCUUUUCUCUUCAGAGUUCAGACAAAAGACAACUCCCUUUCUCUCUCAAAUCCUCCGUUCUUCUACAACUCAGUGAACUCACGUGGAUCUAUCUUCUUGUUUAGUUAAUAUGGCCAAGGAAGUGAAGCACAAAAGGAGGUUGGAUAAGGAAGUGAAGCACGAAAAGAUGUUGGAUAAGGAAGUCAAAAGGAGGUUAUGUGAUUAUAUUGUGUUUCCCAGGACGUCCUUAUUUAUCUUAGGCCUGUAUUUCAGCCGUGGCUUAGUAGAUUAUGCAGUGACUGCUGUGUUUAUUGGGUAUAUCACAAGUCAAUGGGGGAGCCAAAAUCUUCCAAAAGCCGUAUCAAUUGUAAAUUUGCAAGCUGGUGUAUCAUCAUUUAUGGUGAUUAUUCUUGCUCGCAUAUCAGAUAUGUGGACCGGACGUUUUCUAAUGGUUGUCAUCACCACACCUCUUUAUAUCAUUGGACUUGUGCUACUAUGCGUUGAAGAUGCUCGAAUAACUGAAGAAUGGGUGUUUUAUGUGGCAGUGCUGCUAACAGCUUUGGGUACAGCAGGACUCAAAAUGCCUCUGAAAGAAUUUGUUGGCGAUCAGUUAAGAAAGCGCGAGUCUGUAAAGCCUACUACAGAGGUGGAACCAACAGAGGUGAAACGGAUAAAUAACGUUGUACAAAUCUGGCGGGGAAUCCCUUAUUUCUCAGGUUGUAUUUUAUCCAUGUUUACUCUUUCAAAAAAUGUUUCAUGGGCGUAUAAGUUCAAGGUAUCAGCAAUUGCAAUUGGAGUGGCGUAUCUAUUGUUCUGGUUUGGCCUCCCCUUUUACACUGACGUCACACCACCAGAAAAGGUGGACAGUCCCCUAACUCUUCUAUAUGAUAUCCCUAAGGCAGCUAUUUCGAAACGCCACCUCGACUAUCCUAGCGACCCCACUAAAUUCCACAGGAAUGACAAAGAAGAAUUAAUACUGUCCCCUCCAGAUCGAUGCUUAAGGUGGUUAGACAAAGCUGCCAUUUUGGAGUCUACCCCUCAGUGUCCACAAGAACAAUUUGAUCAAGGAAAGGUUUUCCAAGUUAGGCAAGUGAGGGCAGUGAAGCUUUUAUUCAGAAUGGUCCCUAUGUGGACAACCUUCAUUUUCUACAGUGUGGUGCAGACAACCGGGAAUACUUUCUUCAUCACGCAAGCUGCCAAAUUGAAUGAUAAGAUUGGCAGCAAUGGAUUGACUUUGCCAACUACAGUUUUCUUUCUUGUGAUAUCAUUCUCAAACCUCAUUUUUGGUGUUCUAUGCGACCAACUAAAAAAAAUGAUCCAUGAUAAAGAAUUGCAACACCGGUGUACGCUUGUGAGAAUUGGAUUCGGGAUGGUGACUUGUAUAUUAUGUUGCGUCACUGCUUUACAGGUUGAGAUUCGGAGGCUGCAUACUAUUUCAAUGAGCAUCUAUUGGUUAAUUCCACAGUACUGUUUGUUGGGAGUUAUGAAACGACUAGCCGAAGAGGGGCUUAAAAAUUUCUUCAAUACUCAGUUUGGUCAGAAAACUGAGUACAGAAUCUACGAGCAGGUGUUCACCGAGUGUGCAUUAAGCAUUGGGAAAUUCGUUAGCAUAGCUUGUGUCCAAAUUUUCCAAGCCUCAUUCGGAGACUCUAUAAAUUGGAGCCGUUUCGAUCACUAUUACAAAAUGUUGGUUUUCCUAUGUGUUGGGAACCUAUUCUACUACAUUUGUAUUUCAAUGAUGUAUUGCAAUCAAAGUAGUCCAGUGGAGGAGGAAGACUUGGCUGCAGCCUUUUCAGAGGAAGACUUGGUUGGGAAACCUGGAGACCAAGCCUUGGGUGCGACCACCGAAGAUCCCAACCUAGGAGAAGUACCCAUUUGAUUGAGCUUGUUGGAAAGCCUACUUACUGUUCUGGUAGAGUGAAUUGUUAUAAUAAUGACCAAUGCUCUUCUUUAGCAAACCAAAUUGGUAAUAAGCAGACUUCAUGAUAGUUUCAAUUUCGCAUAAAA